GCGGGGUCUGGUUUGAUUGACACAAUCCUCUGUUACAGCUGAGUAUCAGUUGCUGUGCGGGAACCAGGCUCCCGGCUUCAUCAUCGACAUCCACACAGGCAAACCCAUGGACAUUGAUGAAUGCCGAGAGAUUCCUGGUAUUUGUGCGAACGGCGUCUGCAUUAACCAGAUCGGGAACUUCCGGUGUGAGUGUCCAAUGGGAUUCAGUUACAACAACGUCUUCCUGAUCUGUGAAGAUAUCGACGAGUGUAACAACGGGGACAACCUUUGUCAACGUAACGCGGACUGUAUCAACAUCCCGGGCAGCUACCGCUGUGAGUGCUCCCCGGGGUUCAAGCUCUCCCCAAGCGGAGCGUGCAUGGAUCGCAACGAAUGCCUGGAAAUCGCCAACGUGUGCAGUCACGGCGAGUGUAUUGACAUGGAAGGCAGUUACCGGUGUCUCUGCCACAAUGGAUUCAAGGCGACAGGCGACCAGACCAUGUGCAUGGAUAUCGACGAGUGUGAUCGCCAGCCAUGCGGGAACGGAACGUGCAAGAACACAGUUGGAUCGUACAACUGCAUCUGCUUCCCGGGCUUUGAUCUGACGCAUAACAACGACUGCAUGGACAUCGACGAGUGCUCGAGCCUGAUUGGGCAGGUCUGCCGGAAUGGUCAGUGCAUCAACCGCAUGGGCUCCUUCCAGUGCCUGUGUCAGGAGGGCUAUGAGCUGACCCCGGACAGCAAGAACUGUGUGGAUAUCAACGAGUGUGUCAGUUACCCCGGCACCUGCUCCCCGGGCACCUGUCAGAACCUGGAUGGAUCAUUCCGCUGUAUCUGUCCUCCUGGGUACGAGGUACAGAAUGACAACUGUAUUGAUAUUAACGAGUGUGAGGAGGACGGCAAUGGAAUCCCCACACCUAGCUACAUCUUGACAAACUGGCUGCAAUAA